AUGUCUGCUAUUACAACCAAAUUCGUCACAGAUCACAAACUCACCAAUGAGACAAGUCUCGAAGAGCUUAGCCAAUAUGCACCGGAAAUACUUGAGCUCUUGACAACUGGUGUGCCACUAGUAGAUAAAGAGAAAAGGCGCCAGGCCCAUAAUCGCCUUCAAAAAGGGUAUGGAUUUAGCAAAGAACAAGCAUUUGCAUUAAUUCCUCACGAGAGAAUUGGGCGAAGUAAAAGCCAAGUAAUCCCCAAAGAAGGAGGGGAUGUGAAUAUAUGCUUAGCAUCCGAUACCACCCUAGAGGGAGAGACCAUUAAAGAAACAGCCCAGCGUAUUAUACAAGAUAACCUUAGUGAAAGAGAUGUAAAAGCGAUAUCUAGAGCCUUAGUCGAAACAUCCUCUGAUCAUGUCGUCGCCUUAUCCCAUCUUUCGAGGCUUCGAAGAGAAUUGCGAACCCUCAAUGCUUCAGAAAAAAUAAUUUCUGCUACAUUGAAUCCGGAGAUAACCAGAUCAUCCAAUAAAAUCCAAAAGGAGCGUAGUGAGAAACGCAAAAAUGAAGGAAUUGAUUUCCCAGACCACUUCUCAUUAGAAUCAGUUAAGGAAAGGCUAGAUCUCUACGAUGUGUCAAAUAUACCCGAUAAACAGGCCUUAGCUGAUGUAAUGAUCAUGCUCUGUAUUCGCCCCACUGAAAUUAAAAACUUAUCACUGGAAAAGAAUGAGGAACGGGCGAGACAAUUGCUUUCAUGGAUUCAGGAAGCAAUCGUUUCUGGAGAGUUAAGAGAUCCAGGAAAGCUUGGAUCUACGUACUUAAGUACAUUUCUGAAAAAAGAUGAAUUUAUUCCCAAACCUUAUAAGCCACUACUUCCUAGCUCUUUGCGCAAGCUAGGAUCGGUAUUUGCAUCCGUAGUGCAUAGUGCAAAGAAUUUAUCGGAGGCCAAUACUUUCGCCAGUGAAGCAUUAAGGCACAGUCCUGACAAUCAUGCUUCUCCAUCUGAUAGAUAUACUAUAGUUAAUUUCAGAAGGAGGGGACAACCUUAUGAUCAGGCACGGGCAUUCAAGCUCUCAGAUGAAAACUAA